AUGAAGCUUCGCGUAUACCUCACUGCCAUCCGGCCAAUCCUCCUCUACGCUUCGGAAACGUGGCCGCUAACACUCACGGAGGAAGAGCACCUGAGACGACGCGAACGAGACUUUCUGCGCGAGAUCCUAGGCUACCGCCUCCGGGACUGCAUAUCCAAUGACCGCUUGUACCAGGAGGUCGCAUCUGCAUUGGGCCCAAACAGCCGGUUCAAAGACGUUGCGGAGACGAUCAGACAAAACCGCCUCAAACUACUCGGGCACACUCUCAAACGAGAAGCAGACCGGCUGACGCAGAUCGCGCUCUACUACACCGGAGAGGGCGGAUGGCGCAGAAGACAAGGCGGAACUAGAAUGACAUGGCUGGAGGCCGUGAAGAAAGACCUCGACUCUAUGAACAUCAGAGGGCUACCGCAGUUCCGUGGUUCAGACGCAGUUCAAGCGUACAACAAGGGCGACUGGCUACGCGUCGUCCAAAUCAUCGCAUACAAUCGGAAAGUGUGGCGCCUUUGCUCCUGA